AUGAAUACCACUAUUUCUUCAGCAGAAUAUUUUGUCCUUUUUUAUUUUCCAGGCAUGCAGGGUUGGAUAUCUGUUCCUUUUUGUAUAAUAUAUAUCAUAACUUUAUUAGGUAACUUCACUAUUGUACUAAUUAUAACUGGUAAAGAAAGUCUUCAAGAACCUAUGUAUUUAUUUAUUUGUAUGCUGGCUAUUGCAGAUGUUAUUUUAAAUAGUGCUAUUUUGCCAAGAAUGUUGGUGAUGUUAUGGUUUGAUAUUACCAAUAUCAGUAUAGAAGGCUGCUUUUUUCAGCUAUUUUUCAUGCACAUAUCUGCAUUUGUUGCAUCUUCGUUUUUACUUGCCAUGUGUUUUGAUCGCUAUUUCGCAGUCUGUAAUCCACUGAGGUAUUCAUCUGUAUUUUCAAGUUCCACAGUUAGAAAGAUUUUGUUAUUAUGCAUAGUAAGGGGAUUGAUUUUUGUUACACCCCUGCCAAUACUUGCUUCCACUCUGUCAUACUGCAGGUCAAAUACACUUAUCACAUCUUACUGUGAUUAUAUAUCACUGAUAGAAAUUAGUUGUACAGAUUCAAUUUUUUAUAGCAUAUAUGGAUUGCUAAUUGCCUUCAUUAUAAUUGCAGAUGCUGUUUUUAUUAUAUUCACAUAUGUCAUGAUUCUUGUUACCGUACUGAAGUUAGCUUCUAGGAAGGAUCAUGAUAAAGCUUUAAGUACCUGUAGUUCACAUCUUGUUGUUGUGCUGAUGACAUACACAACUGCUAUAUUUGCUGUUGUUAUGAACACUUUUAAUCAAGACGUUCUAUCUACAGUGCUUGUACCACUAUCACGCUUGAGUAUUGCACUACCAGGAAUGUUAAAUCCAAUAAUUUAUGGUAUAAAAACCAAAGAAAUACGACAGCAUGCUUUAAAAUUCUUUAGAAUAAAGUAG